AUGAAGUACGUUGUUGUUUCAGGUGGUGUCAUCUCAGGUAUCGGUAAGGGAGUCUUGGCCUCAUCGACAGGGUUAUUAUUGAAAACCUUGGGGUUGCGCGUUACUUCGAUCAAAAUUGAUCCCUAUAUGAAUAUCGACGCCGGUACCAUGUCGCCACUAGAACAUGGAGAGUGUUUUGUGUUGAACGAUGGUGGUGAAGUUGAUUUAGAUUUGGGCAAUUACGAAAGAUACUUGAACAUCACCUUGACCAAGAACCAUAACAUCACCACAGGUAAAAUAUAUUCCAAAGUGAUUGAAAAGGAGAGAAAGGGAGACUAUUUGGGCAAGACUGUUCAAGUUGUGCCACAUAUUACCAAUGCCAUUCAAGAUUGGAUCGCAAAUGUCGCCAAGGUCCCCGUUGACGAUACCGGUUUAGAACCUGAGGUGUGUAUUAUCGAAUUGGGAGGUACCGUGGGUGACAUUGAAAGUGCACCAUUUGUUGAAGCCUUGAGACAGUUUCAAUUUCGCGUUGGCUCCGAGAAUUUUGCCUUGAUUCACGUGAGCUUGGUGCCGGUGAUUCACGGCGAGCAGAAAACCAAGCCCACGCAAGCAGCCAUCAAGGACUUGAGAAGCUUGGGUUUAACCCCCGAUAUGAUUGCUUGCAGAUGUCAAGAGGAGUUGGAGCGGCAAACGAUUGAGAAGAUUGGCAUGUUUUGCCACGUGGGGCCCGACCAAGUGAUCGCGGUGCACGAUGUCAACUCCACCUACCAUGUGCCCUUGCUUUUAAAACAGCAAAAGAUGAUGAAGUACUUGACCAAGAAAUUGGCCAUUGGCGAAGUCCCUACGGAGGCGUUGGAGAGAGGCGAGCAGUUGUUGAAUAAAUGGAGAUCAUUAACGACGGCACACGAUAGAUCGUUUGAAACCGUCACCAUUGCCCUUGUUGGUAAAUACACCCACUUGCACGAUUCAUACUUGUCGGUGAUCAAAUCGCUCGAACACUCGUCAAUGAGAUGCAACCGCAGAUUAAAGAUUGAAUGGGUUGAAUCGAGCAAUUUGGAAGAAGGAAUGAAGCAUGAGAACUUGUCAAAGUACCACAAGGCAUGGCAUUAUGUGUGUCAAGCCGAUGGUAUCUUGGUGCCCGGUGGCUUUGGCUCUAGAGGUAUCGAAGGUAUGAUUGCCGCAGCUAAAUACGCCAGAGAAAACAAUAUCCCCUACCUUGGCGUCUGUUUAGGUUUACAAAUUGCCGUGAUUGAGUUUGUGAGAAAUGUUGUCGGAAUCAAGGGCUCCACCUCGCAAGAGUUUGACAAUUACAAAGAAGAAGACGGCAUCACCCCUUCGGUGGUGUACAUGCCCGAUGUCGACCAGAUCAAGUUGGGCGGCACCAUGAGACUAGGCAUCCACGAGACGAGAUUCACCAAAGACUCACAAGAUAGCGUCUUGCGCAAGCUUUACGGUGGUGCAGACGCCGUGUUUGAAAGACACCGCCAUAGAUACGAAGUGAAUCCCGAAUUGAUCAACGAGAUCGAGUCCAAGGGGUUGAAAUUCGUUGGUAAAGACGAAAGUGGCAAGCGGAUGGAAAUGAUUGAGAUUCCAUCGCACAGAUUCCUCGUUGGUACGCAGUACCACCCUGAGUAUUUGUCCAAGGUCUUGGAUCCUUCUCGACCAUUUUUAGGUUUGGUUGCUGCUUCAGCUGGAAUAUUGGACGAAGUCUUGGCUAGGGAUGAUUUAAACUAUAAAGGUGAGUUCUAG